GGGAAUACUACUAUUUAGGAACUCUAACUCUAACUUGGAUCGAUCUCGCGUGGAAACUUCCGACGGAAUCCAUCGCGCGGGGGCCCUCCCCAUCCCCUACAUAAUCCACCCUCGCCGCCUUCCGCCGCAACCGCAUGCAUUCUCCGAUCCCCUCCCCUCCAAAAACCCUAGCCCUAGCAAAUUAAAGCAACCACCCAGCCUCCCCCGCCGACAUGGAUUCGGACCAGGACUCCGCCGACGAUUGGGUGCUCCUCGACUCCCCCUCCUUUCCCUCCGAUGACGACCGUGUCCUCGCCCUCUCCUCCGGCUGCUCCUCCCCCGACUACGAGGAGGAGAUCGUCGCCGACGGCCCCGAGGGCCUCUUCGACAUCGCGGAAGCCGAGGUGGUCCCCCAGCCGCCGCCGCCGCCGUACAAGGUCCUCUCCGGCCUCUUCCACCACACGAUCACGGGCGCCGUGUCCUACGUCGCCUUCGACCCCAUCUGCCGCUGGCCCGCCAAGCACCUCAUCCCGGACCCGGCCUUCUCCGCCUGCGACGAGGGGGUCACCGUCCUCGCCUCCACCAGCGGCCUCGUCUGCCUCCGCGGGACCUCCACCGGCGACUACAUCAUCGCCAACCCCGCCACCUUCAAGCGGACCCGCCUCCCGCGCCACCACCUCGACCACAUUGCCCACGGGGACCCGGCGGUCGUCAUCACCUUCGACGACCCCUACAACUGCUGCGCCGACCACUGCGGCCACUACCAUGUUGCGGUCGCCUUCCCCCUCGGUCAAGGCAUCUACGCGUACGAGUCCUUCUCCUCCAGGACCUGGCAGUGGAGCGUCGCUGGCGCGAUCAGCGCCGUCGAGCAGGUGGUGCCCGCUUCCGGGGUGGGCGCGCUCGGCCGCGCCUUCUGGCGCACCACCCUUGGCUACUUCCUCUGCUACGACCCGGUGGCAGGCUGCGCGGAUUUGGUCCCCGCGCCCCAGGAGGUGCUGCAGUGGCCGCACUGGGAGCUCGGCGAGAUGGAGGGGUCACUCUGCGUGACGUGCAUGGACGAGCGCGUCAACGAGGUGGUGGUGAUCUACCUUCACCUGGAUCGCCGCGCAGCAGUGAUCUCGUGGACUCUGGCCGGUCAUUUCGAAGGCGGCUGUCUGAGGAACCGCGACCGGGUGCUGCUGCUGCGCUCGCAGGGCUCCGCUGAGGUGGUGAUGUGGGACCCCAUGGCCGAGAUCGUCGUGGCCAUGGACCUCGAAGGCCGAACCACCCGCACCAUCGGGCCCCUCACCGGCCGCCAGUACUACGCGGAUUUCAUCCCUUACGUGACCACUGGGAUCUCCGGAAUUGAAGCCGAUGCUCAGUGUACUAUUGCUGGCUGAUGCUGAAGAGGCAUAAUAAUGUGUCAACUAAAUCUGUACAAAAAUUGGGAUGAUUCGUUGAUGAUUAGAAGAAACAAUCACUUUCAGAUGUGUGCAGCAAAAAGGGAAGCAAGCUACAUAACUACAUAAGCAAUCCUUUUGCAGUCUCUAGUUGUGAUAGAAACCACGUAACAUACUAUUCUUAGGUCCCAUGUCUGCCUGCCGUGUACCAGGUAGAGGCAGACUGCCCAGUCUGUCGAACACUCUGUCCAAACUGAUUAGCGAGUGUGGGUACUUGUAUGCCCUCUGUGCGACGAACUUACUUUUUUUUUUUUGCAUGAGAACUACCACGAUAUGGUUGGUGAUUUUGAUAUGUUGGUUUCUGA